GAUGGAGGCUGGAGAUGCAGUUGGUGUUAACGGAUGAGACCGAGAUCGGAUCAGGGUCGAUCCAUCUCGGAUCCGCUUCUUGUCAGAAUCGUAUCAUCCGCUUCAGAUGUUAACGGAUCUUUGGGAUAGCAAUCCAAUCGUCUGUCGAAGUGAGAGAGAGAGAGAGAGAGAGAGAGAGGCGAAGCCAAACCAAACGGAGAUCGACUUUGCCGAUUAGAGACCAAACAGUGAAAAUGGCUACUGUUGCUGUCGCAUGUUCACAUUCGCAGCUUCCUUCGUUGCACCGCGGUGGGCAAUCAAGAUCUGGACUAUUAAGCAUAUCAUGCCUUAAGACCAACUGUCCUGGUCCUGUGAAUGCUAUUGAAUGUUCAUCAACUGAAGAGGGACCAAAGAUGAUUAAGCCUAUAGUCAAGAUGUGUGGUAUUACAUCAGCCAAGGAUGCUGAAAUGGCUGCAAAUGCUGGUGCUAGCCUCAUUGGCAUGAUCAUUUGGCCAAACUCAAAGCGUUCUGUUUCACCAAAGGUGGCAAAAGAAAUAUCCAAAGUUGCACGAGACUGUGGAGCAAAGCCUGUUGGUGUGUUUGUAGAUGAUGAUGCGGAUACAAUACUACGUGCUUCUGAUGCAGCUGAGCUUGAGUUUGUUCAACUUCAUGGGAAUGGUUCCCGUUCCACGCUCCCAAUCCUCUUACAGCAAAACCAAAUCAUAUAUGUCCUCCAUGUUGAUGAAAAUGGAAACCUUCUCAAUCAUGUCUCCGAUGAGGAAUCUUCGUUAGUUGAUUGGUUUCUAGUAGAUAGCGCACAAGGUGGCAGUGGCAAAGGAUUUAAUUGGCAAAGGUUUCAGCUGCCAUCCAUGAGAAGCAAAUAUGGGUGGCUUUUAGCUGGAGGACUUCAUGCUGACAAUGUUUGCGAAGCAGUCACUACUCUUAUGCCUGAUGGAGUCGAUGUUAGUAGUGGCAUUUGUGGCUCUGAUGGCAUCCAAAAGGAUCCCUCGAGAAUCUCUUCCUUCAUGAACAAAGUAAAAUCUUUGAGCUAUUGAAUUUGGUAAGGACCUUUAGAAUAUGUCAACUUCCUUCUUGUAUUAUCAAGAGACACUUGGGUGAGUUUACAUUUUAACUUUAAUUGCAUAAUAUUCUUGACAAUUUCAGAAUAAAUUAUCAUCGUUUUUUUGUUUU